AAAUGGUUUUAUAGGCAUGGGUCGUUUUAGUUUCAAUCGAUACGGCUACAAUACAAUGCAGAUGGAGAGUGUAGAAAGUGAAAAGACGAGAUUUGAAGUUGAAUGUGAAUUCGUGCAGGCUCUUGCAAAUCCAAAUUAUCUUAAUUUUCUCGCGCAACGUGGUUAUUUCAAAGAAGAAUAUUUUGUCAACUAUCUCAAAUAUCUUCUCUAUUGGAAAGAUCCUCAAUAUGCCAGAUGCUUGAAAUUUCCUCAAUGUCUGCACAUGCUUGAAGCACUGCAGAGUCAGCAAUUUCGCGAUUCGAUGGCUUACGGACCAAGCGCGAAAUUCGUAGAAGAUCAAGUGGUUCUCCAAUGGCAGUUUUAUCUUCGGAAACGGCAUCGUUUGUGUAUGAUGCCUGAUGAGGGACAAGAGCUUGAAGAAUCUGAAGAUGAAGCUGAUAUUCGACAAAAGGACACAGAGGAUGAAGAUGAUGAGGAAACGAUGAAGAAACCGGAUGCUGACACAGCCGAAAAGAAUUCCACAACUUCUACCGUUUCAAAGAAAGAAAAAUAAACAUAAAAAAUGUAAAUCAAAUAAAACUUCAUCACCACU